ACUCAGGAAUUCAACACUUAAAAAGAAAUCCUGCUCGACUUGAUUGGUGAUCACCAGCUCGCAUAUAUUGGAGUAGCCAGAGGCAAACAACCGCAGACGCCUUUCAACUCUUCAAGAGUCGACUUGGUCAAACAUACACACUCUGAAUUGGACUGAACAGAUAGUCUUUUUCUUCUAAAUAUUCAUUCAAAUAUGUCUAUUUUACCCGACGAGGCGGACUUUGCUGACUUCAGAAAGCAGUGUUUAUCAACGGACAAUUGGUCCAGCAAGUAUGAUAAGAAUGGGAUGCAAGUGUUGGUCGAAGCUUCACCUACAAAUAAAGGGAAUCCCGUACCAAAAGUCCACAAGAUCAAGUGUAAAAUGACAAUCAACGACGUAUCCGCUGCCACCAUGUACGACGUCAUUCAUGAUGGCCAGUACCGUAAGACGUGGGACCCCGCCAUGUUAGACAGCUUUGACAUUGCCCGGCUCUCUGCGAAUGCUGAUGUGGGCUACUACUCAUGGAUUUGUCCACAGCCUAUAAAGAACAGAGAUGUGGUGACUCUGCGAUCGUGGCAGGUGACCGAGGACGAGUACAUCAUCUUUAACUUCUCAGUCAAACACCUGAAAUACCCUCCGCGCAAGAACCUGGUGAGGGCCAUUUCCAUCCUCACUGGAUAUUUGAUCAAGCCCACAGGACCAAACAGCUGCACUUUCAUAUACCUUUCACAAGCUGACCCCAAAGGUUCUCUUCCAAAGUGGGUGGUGAACCAAGCUUCUCAAGUUCUUGCUCCACGGGUGAUGAAGUGCGUACACCAGGCAGGACAGAUGUAUCCGGAGUGGAAACGGCAGAACUCUCCCGACCAGAAGCCGUGGCUGUAUCCAGAGCUGAACAUCUUGCCCAUGAUGGACCCCAGCGAACUGUCGAUACAGAGAGCCGACUCGCUAGAAAACAUGGAUGAGAGUUCCAAGGUGGCCACUGUGGACAACCAGGACUGCAGUUAAAUUACAUCAAGGUGAUGGGAAGGAUAGCAAAGAGGGAGAGAUUGGAGGAUGGACUGUAUAUACUCAUACAUGUAAUAAGACUUGAGACCUCCGACUCUCUGAGACGUCGCCCUAAUGCUCUUGAAUAUUUAUCCUUGUGUCUUUUGGAUGAGCAAGAGCAUGACGUGUUUACAGCUGUCUUACCUUACAAAUGAGAACAGAUCAAAUUGCCAUUCACCUCAGUCCAAGUUAAACUAAGCUUAACAUCUCUCCAGUGUUUGCCGCCAGGCUUUUAAAACUUAUUUUUACAAUGUACAGGCUUACAGUUAACAAUGUUUGAAUGUGUCAUAGUGAAAGCACUACAUUUACAAUGGGUAGCUUGGCUACGCAAAAAUAGACAAACACAUUUUUAAAUAAAGAAAUUAAGCAUAGUUGUCCAUUUUGUCUUUACAAGUGACUGAAUGGAAAAUAGAUAAGUUACUGUCAGUUGUGAAAAGUAGAGUGAAGGGAAAUUAUUUUUUUCUAAAUUGUCAGGUUAAAAAUGAUCUGAUGAUCUUUCA